AUGUUCAAGCAACUUUUCCUCCAGCGACUGCUCUCUUCUGUACAAACUGUCCUGGCGCCUAACAUCCCUUCUUCGUCUGUCCAGAUGCUCGCGGAGACUGCUGACCGCAUCCUCGAUUACUACCGGCCUACCGUUACAGUAAACGUUGCCAGUCGUCUCACAACUGCGCAAACUGUGCCAACAAUCGAGAAUGCUAUGAAACGUCUAGACGACCUCACCCUUGAAGUUUCCCAUCUUCAUGCCUCACAUGUCUCUCGCCGUCGAAGUCCGUGCACCACCCGCUGUCAGAGGUUUCUCACUUCAGUGUUAGACCCGUCCACGCCUGACGGUUUCUGCUGGUACCACCACACCUAUAGGUUAACUGCCCUUUCCCGUCAAUCCCAUGUCGUUACGAGAAAUCUUCGGCAGAAAACUCACCCGCCGGCCAGUUACGGCGACGAACUUGGUCGGCUCAACUUCCCCCAGUCGUCUGCUCCAUAAUUUCGACAGGAGUUCCUCCCGUAAUUUUCUCGUGGACACUGGUGCUGACAUUCUCUCCGACUGACCGUAACUCAUCCAACUCUUCAACUUUUCUCCAGACAGUUAAUAGUACUCCCAUUAAAGCAUUUCGUUAACUAUCCCCAGCUCUAGACUUUGGGCUAUGACGUCCUUUCCGCGGGGUAUUUACUAUUGCUUAUGUUCAUACCGCCAUUUUCGGGGUCUAUUUUAUAUCCUUUUUCAGUCUCCUUGUUGGUACCAGCUUCCAUGAACUUGUUGACCCGAUGAUAUCCUUAUAUUCUAAUUGUUCAACUCAUACCAUUUCAUCCCCUAGUCCAUGCAUUUAAACAAUUGCUCCGUCCACUCCCUACCAUCUUUUUCUCUCAGAAUUUACAUCUAUCACAUGUCCUUCACAGUUUGACCAGCCUAUUAAACAUUCGGUCAUGCAUUAUAUUUCGACUACGGGACCACCCGUUUUUAGCCGUCAUCGUCGUUUAGCGGAUGACAAGUUAACUAUCGCCAAGGUUGAAUUCAGCCAUAUGAUGGAGCUUGACAUAGUGCGGUUCCCCACUAGUUCAUAAGCCUCCCCUCUGCAUAUGGUUUGCAAAAAGUUUCUCACGGCCUGGCGUCCAUGUGGUAAUAACCGACGAGUAACUAACUGCACUGUCCCUGACAGAUGUCUGCUUCCCACUUCCAUGACUUUUCUUCUAGCCUAGCCGGUGCAACAAUAUUUUCCAGCAUUGAUAUAGUAAAAACCUUUCACCAAAUCCCCGUUGCUCCAGAAGACACCCCAAAAACGGUGAUUACGACUCCAUUUGGUCUUUUCGAGUUCGUCAGGUACCUUUUGGAGUCAGUAACUCCGCCCAAACUUCUCAACGUUUCAUUAAAGAAGUCCUCCGCGACUUAUCUUUCGUUAUUGUUUAUGUUGGUGAUCUUGUAGUUGCAAGUUUCAGUGAACAUCGGCACCUUCAACACCCACCUCUCCUUUUUUGAGUGGCUGGGCCAAUUUGACAUUUUCAUCAGCUCCUCCAAAUACGUUUUUGGCGUUCCCUCGCACCUGUUCCUAGGGUACAGCAUGUAUGCCUUCGGCUGUCAUCCAGUAGACGCCAUAGUUUCAGCCAUUCGCGAAUUUCCUGCUCCCACUUCUUUCCGACAACUGCGCUGUUUAAUAGGUCUUGCCAGUUCUUACCGACAGUUCAUCCCUCACUACCCUCAAUUAAUGUUACACCUCACAAAUCAUUUAAGGGGCAACAACUCAAAUUUUCUUUUCCUGACAGCUGCGGACGCCUUCGAACAUGUCAAAGAGACGCUUUCGGAUACAACUGCUGUUUCUCACCUUUUAACUGGUGCCCCGCUCUCCAUUGUUGUUGUUACCUCCAUUUGCGCCAUAGAUGCAGCCCUCUAG